GAUAUCAUGAGCUGGGUUCAAUUAAAGCGACAUGUCGCUAUGAGUGUGUCUUACUAAUGUAAACAAUAACAUGAGAGUACACUAUUAUAUAGCCACGUAUUAUCUGGAUACAUUGAAAAAGAAAUGCAUGAUUGCUUUUACGCGUCUUGUUCAAACGUGACUCGACAGUUUUGUUAUCAGCAGGUCGCAUAUAACAGUUUUAGGGUGUAGCUUGGCUUGCUUUGCCUUCACACCCUCUGUCCUCGGUUGUUUUGGUUUUUUUUUUGCAGGUAUUGGAGUCUGAUAGUGGCAACAUUCAUAUUUCACCCUGCUCUGUUCUGCUGUUCAUCCAGUGUUUUAAGAGUCUUGGCCAGGAUGCAUGUACUGCUUCUCAAAGAGCCAAGAGAAGAGGAGUCAGGACCUGAUUCUUACAUUAAGGAGCUGGCAUCACACGGACACAAAGCAACCCUUAUUCCAGUGCUGUCUUUUAAGUUUGUCUCAUUAAACACCCUGUCGGAUAAGCUUUUCCAGCCAGAAAAGCAUGGCGGUCUUAUAUUCACCAGUCCAAGAGCAGUGGAAGCUGUGAGGAUGUGCUUAGAGGCAGAACAAAGACAGGAAGAAUGGAACAGCUCUGUGAAAGACAAGUGGAAUAUGAAGUCAGUCUAUGUGGUCGGGAAAGCAACUGCUGCAUUAGUACAAAGCCUGGGCCUGAACCCUUUGGGCGAGGACACGGGGACAGCAGACGUCCUAUCACGUGUCAUCAUCGAACGGGAGGACACAAAUAUUCCCCCACUUUUUUUCCCCUGUGGCUCGAUCAAAAGAGAAGUGUUGCCUACGGCUUUAAGGGAAAGUGGAGUGCCCCUGGAGACGCUGACUGUCUAUCAAACCGCUGAACAUCCAGAUCUGGAGAAAAAUCUGAAGAACUAUUUCACCGAGCAGGGCACGCCAGCCAGCAUCAGUUUCUUCAGUCCUUCAGGGGUGAAGUUUUGCCUAGAAGUGGUGCGGAGGCUGUCAGGUGAACAGCUGACUCAGAUAAAGUUUGGAGCCAUAGGACCGACUACAAGAGACGCUAUGACAGCAGAAGGCCUGUGCGUCAGCUGUACAGCGGAGAAACCGACACCAGAACACUUGGCUGCAGCAAUCGCUAAAGCUCUACAAGAACCAAACACAGGCUCCUAAAUCCCUCCACUUGAUCUUUGUUCUGUGUAUAUUCUGUAUAGUUGAUGCGCUUUGACAUUUGCCUGUUUUAUUUCAAGGAUUAUCUUGCCAGUUUUGCAUGUAAAAAAAAAAAAAAAAAGCUGAUUUGCACUUAAAAAGUGGCUUUCUGUGCCAGAAGAAAAUGUGAUUUAAUAUAAUGCCGUUUAUGUCAAGCCUGCCUAAGGAAGUUGAAUGUUGUGCGUUUGUUUUUGAGAAUAAACUUUGGCCAAUGUGAUGAUGUGGAA